AUGUCUGGGCACAUCUCCGGGGCGGGGAGCUUCAUAUCGUCAUAUCGUUCUGAGCGCCGCCGCGGAAGCCUGUAUAUUCCUCCUGUCAAACGGCUCGCUCGACCCCGCGAUGCUGCUGUCGCCGUAGUCGUGCAGGACCAGCCUGCUCUGCAGCCUGGGCGCGGCGGCCGUCCACGCCGGGCGCGCGUAGGGGACGAACCUGGCGCCCGGCCCGCCCUCGACGAGCUCGCCGUCGGGGCGCAGGCCCAGCUCGAGGCGCCAGUUGAAGGCGUCGGUGAGGGCGUCGGCGAGGGAGGCCAUGACGGCGAGCUGCUCGCGGUCGUCGCAGCCGUCGUCGCGGGGGUCGCGCAGCAUGCCGGGCGCCCAAGCGGACCCCGCGCUCCGCCGCCACAUGUACUCGGCCUCGUACCCCGUGAGGGGCUCGUCGUAGGCGCAGACGGUCUCGUAGAGGCGGUAGAAGGCGCGCUGGAGGGUGUCGCGCCAGCGCCAGGCGGGGAUGAGGCGGGUCUCGUAGACGUCCGGGUGGUGCUGGUUCAUGUAGGCCUCGCGGGGGUAGGCCAUGAUGUCGCGGGGCCGGGGCGGGAGGCGGCAGGGGAAGAAGCGCGGGAGGCGGAGGAAGAGGAGGAGAAGGCGGAGGAGGGGGUGGUCGGAGAUGCGGGAGAGGAGGCGGUAGGAGUAGCGCAGCUCGAGGGGCGUGUGGUAGAAUUCCAUCUGCCAGCGCCACUGGCGCCACUUGGCCGAGAGGUUGAGGCUCAUGCCGGGGAUGAGAGAGAGUCAAAGAGUGAGAGCGAGAGAGAGACAGCGAGAGCGAGAGGGAGGUGGUGUGUCACAGCGGUGACUGGAUCUGCGGGUGAGCCAUCCGAAGGGAUCGAGGCGAGACGAUCAGGGGCGAAGGGAGUCCAUCAACUGUUCGAUAUAAUAGGAUGUAGGAAGAAGCGAGUGGAACGUGUGUCGAAGCACAAGCGCACGGAGGAAAAGACAGACUGUGUGAUUCGGGGUGGGGGGAAGGGGGGCCAAGAGUCCGCGGUGUAG